AUGGACGACGCUUCCCUAAAGGACUUCCAGGGCGGCGAAGGCACUUAUGUGGCCGACAUGUUAGAGAGGACCCUGCUGCUCCUUGCCGAUAUGGACGAGUUGAGGGGUCUGAGGAGGCAAGAGGUCUUCCUCAACAUCAAGAGGUAUUUGGGCAUGGCAAUCUAUGCCACUUAUAGGCUAGAGGAUGAGGCCAAGGAGCAGAGCAAGUCCUUGGAGCUUGAACGUAACAAGCGUGUGGAUGCUGCGCGGACCCUCAAGAACUCUGAGGUUGACCUCUCUAAGGCUAGGAAGGAUCUAAAAGAGAUGACCAGGGCCAAGGACAGUGCCGAAUCAAGCCUCGCCAGUGCCCAAAAACAGGCCGAAAACCAAACAAAACACCUACUUGAAACUGAAGAUCAGCUGAAGAUUGCUAAGGAGCAAAUCGUUGAUCUAAAGAAGAAACUGGUUGAGGCGGAGGAAGCAAAAAAUGUUGCGGAGUGGGCUAGGGACGAAGCUCUGAGGGCCAAGACAGAAGCUGAAUUUGCCAGGACGGAAGCUGAGAGCUCCAAGGAGAAAGCCGAGGAGGAGGCUUAUGACUCGAGGGUGGCUGAGACCCAGGCUAUUCUCAAGGCUCAAAUCUCUAGAGUAUGCAGGCUCUACUGCUCCCAGGUCUGGAAUGAAGCCCUCAAACAGGCUGGGGUUGAGGCUUCAUCCGACCUGUGGAAGGUGGAGAAGGUAUACUAUUCUCUGGCCAUUCGUGAGGCCGCCUCUGUCAGCUCCGAGGCUGUGAGUGCUUCAGAGGAGGCUAAGGCUGCUCGGCUUGAGGCUGCUCUGGCCGUGUCCACUUCCGACGAUCCAGCCGAGGGCGGCAAGCUUCCUGGGGCGACAGAAACACAUGGAAGUUUGAAUCCUGAAGCGCCCCAAGAGGCUGCCGAGUCUGUAGUUAGUGCUCAGGCCUCUUAUGCCGAGGAGUCAGCUUUCUUGGUUCAGCCCCUUCAGACCAUUCCCUCGGCUGAUGUCUCUAAGGGUCUUGAGGCCAAUCUUGCUCAACUUCUCGAGGAAGGGGCUAAAACAAAGUUGAAGAAGUAG